UUUUUUUUUUCGCCCUCUGGUUUGUUUGCGCGCUUGGAGAUUGCAGUGAAGCAGAAGGCAAACAAAACGAACCAAAAAGGUGGUUGAGGAAAAGAAACCGAAGAAGAAGAAGAAGAAGAAGAAAAUGGUGAUGGCACGCAUAGUUGGCCGCUGUUGCCUUUUGGCGUUGGUUGCCGCCAUCGUGAUGAGUUGCUGGACGACAUCCACGGCCAGUCCCGUGGCCCGCACCGAUGCCUUCGGAGCUGGACCGGACUUGUGUGUCGUGCAAACGCCUCUAAUGACCCGCCAUUUUCAGGCCUGGCGCCAGGCUGAGGAGGCCGUACUGACCCGAGGCUGUUCGAACCGGUCGGGAAUAGUCACCACUCACGAGGUCCACCUCAUACGACUGACGAAUGCUGGAAACUCGGUUCUGUUGGAGGUGGAUGGGACGGACAAGCCGGCCAAUACGCGCUUAGCUCUCAUCCUCGAUGCUGACACAACUGUGAAAUGGACGGUUCGGCUCGUCGGUAGAAGUGUUGAUUCUAACUCGCAAGAAAGCACAAUAAUUGUGACGGGCAAUUCCGUGCUCGACCUGUCUGAAUUGAAAGCAAGCGUUACCAACCGUCCCAAGGAGGGCCGGAAUGCUCUGCUGCGUUUCAUCGAACGCCGCUUCAAGGCUCUCCACUCGUUCAGUCAAGUGGAUGCCGGUGGUAGUCAACUACGACUUCGCUUGACUCUGGCCGCCGGAUCUGACGCCUCCCUCUGCGACUAUGAGACGACCAAUGCCAGUCCCGUCUUGCAAGCAAGUCGAAUGGAGCCACAAUCGGUGGAAGGCUGUUUCCAUACGGAACAAGCGGGCAGCUAUCCAAAGGAUGUUCACGUGAUAGAUUUGGACAACGGCCAACCCGAGUCUAAGAAUAAGAACAACAGCGUACACAUUCACUUAGCGGCCGGUGGGGCGGAUGAGGAGAUGAGUCAGCCACGCGACGUGGCUCUCGUGCUCAAGUCGGCCCGACCUGUCCGUUGGAUCGUCUCGUCUGCACCCGUCUUGACCGGCUCGCUCCUGAUCCUGGCAGAGCACCAGGUGGACAUUAGCGGUCUUUCCGCUCGGCAACAAUCGGACGUACGCAGCCAGCAGAAUCUGCCGGAAUCUUUCCCACUUUUGAUAUUGUCGGUGACGGCCGAUCUCGGUCCGCCCGUCUCCUACGUCAAACCGGCACCAGCAACCAAUAGCGUCGAGAUCGUCAUCGGCAAAAAGCAGCAGCAGCAACUCCGCCUUCCAUCGUCGAAUGUGGUCAAACAACAAGUCGAGAACCUAAACGGAGCAGCCAGCCACAGUUCGCCAUCUACGGAGAUGGCCCUCCGCAGUUUGGGUCGCAGUGGCGGUGCAGGCUACAGCCAACAGAACACGCCCAACCGAGGUACUGGGACGCAGCGGAGUGUGGCCUGGACACUGCAGCAGUCUGUACGGGUGCAAUGCGGAUCGAACUAUCUGACGGCAUCUUUGCCGAGGCCCAUGGCCGAAGCGUUGGGCGUCGUCGGACUCUUCCUCAACGAUCGCGGCUGUUCGGGGAAACGCAACGCCAGCCACUGGAUGGUCAAAACUCAUGUCACGUCCUGUGGCAGCACGUCGCGCAUCGAUGGCAAAUUGACCACCUACUCCAACGCGGUUCAUAUCCAAUUGCGAGCUGUCCACCCACAACAGAACGAUGACGAAGAUUUUGAAGGCUCUGGAGUGGAUGGAUAUCCGUCGUCUGCUGCCCGUCAGGUGACCAUUCCAAUCCAAUGUCAUUCAGAGCCCAAUUUCCCUGUUGGAUUUGGUGACAAGUUGGAUGACGACAACGUCAUGGAUACCGACGUGGAUUUGCCAGUGGGACAGACGGACCUUUAUCAUAUGGAGAUCCAUCGCAACAAAGAGUGGACUGUUCCGGUUGUCACUGGACCUAUGAAUGAGGCCAGCAAAGCUGAGGUGGUCUUUGAUGAAACUUUGCACGUCCGUACGUGGAUUGACGGAGUCUCUUACAUCCAGAUCGUGACGGAGAAAUGCUGGGUGUCCAACAGUUCCGACAGCGAACAGCCACCUCGCUUGAUUCUCAUUCGUAACACUUGCCCAGCCGAUCUGUCUGUCCAAGUGCGUCAAAUUGAACGAGGUGACACGGACGGAGGUUUCAGUUUCCACGUUUCCAAGGAUUAUGCCGAUUUAGGACAGCUUUACAUUCACUGCAAACUGGGCCUUUGCUCGAACCAACCCAGCAAAGUGCAGGGCAGCUUGAAAAUGUGUAUCGAUCCGUCCCAAUAUUGUAGCGGACGCCAUGUAUUAAAACCUUUUCUAGACGAAUCAGUAUCAACAGCGCAGCAAAUCCUGGUCCGCGGACCUCUUCGUAUGGUCGCCAAAGCCACCUUUGCGCAGCAGAACAAAAUCGGUGCGUCUGGAGACGUCACAACAUCGCCCGGUUCGCUCGUCACGGCUGGCCAGAACAACGGAGUGACUGGCACGCAGCAAGUGAUUCUCGUGGGCGUUUCAACAGAAGUAACAGUAGGCAUCGCUCUGGCCUCGUUUGUCAUCGGAGUCGGAUUGACGGCCAUUCUGUGGUGCAUCCACAUGAGAACAGAUCCGUAUCGGCGAGUUAUGAACCGGAAGACUCGGUCGAGUCGAAGUAACAAUCGUUGCCAGGCGAUCGGAGCCAAGUGUUCACCCAUGAUUCGGCCUCGCUCUGGCGUGGACCAUCAUCGUACGUCGUUGCAACAGGUUGCGAUAGGAACCCAGCAACAACAGCAACAGCUGAUUGCAGCCCAACCGGCCAGUGACUCGAUGGACAAGCAGCCGCAGCAAUUGCAGCAUCAGUUCACGUACGACUAUGACGUUUCGUCGUCGCAGUCCAACAGCAGCGGGAGCCAGUGUAGCCGCGAAGACUCGUCGCCUACGCCCAACUCGCAAACGCCGAUGAACGUGGCGUCUGCUCGUUGACUUGGUGUGGGAGGCAACCGUAAGGCUUGGCGUCGAUGUCGCUAUGCAAACAAUAGUCUCCCUCUUAUCCUGAGAUAAAUCCGUAGCAGGGAUUUUUAAUUUUUAUUCCGCUUAGUGGAUUACUCUCUGCCACAUACAACACACGCACCGUUCUCAGGGCUUUUUCCUCCAUCCUUUAUGACGCCGUAUCCUUUUUUUUUUCUCUUAUCUUUACAUACCUCCGCGGACGAUCCCUCGCUCCCUCACUUUUCAAACAAAUAAUCAUUAAUUAUAUAUUCAAAAAUUAUUAUUUUUUUUUUUCAUGUCGUAUUUUGCGUGCGCGCGUCCGAUCCAUUCUACCUCCGAUUGCACUCCAUCGUCGACUGGUGUACAAAAACAAAACAGAAUUUCACACACACCCACACACCUUAAUCUCCCUUUCUCUCUCUCUCUUUACCUAUACUCUCUGAAGAACUCCUCGCUCACCACCUCAAAACCGUUUAUUAUUUAAUAGUUUCCUUAUUGCUGUAUUACCUUUUUCCAAUAGGGCGUUGAUUUGCGUUUUUUUUGUCAUUCAGUAGUUGUAGUUUUUGUUAUCACAGCUCGUAACUACCUCUCUGUCCCACUAUGGUCCCGCGCAUCAAGACUCGUGACCUUCCAUCAUUCCGGUCGGGAUUUUUUUUUUCUUUAUUACUCGACCGUUUCGGCCUAAAAAAAACAAAAAAACAAAUAAUAAUAAUAAUUAUAAAAAAAAUAAGCCUCGCGCUGGAACACUCGUCUCAGGAAGAACGUGAUCCCGUACACAGUUUACAAAGUGGUUCGGGUUCAAGCUCUAAAUGCCCCCCCCCCCCCUUUUUUCUGGCUGUUCAGUUCAUUGCUGAAUAAUCUUUUCUCAACAUUUAUUAAUUAUUAUUCAAUCGCUCAGUAUAUAACAAACGCGCUGUCGAAGGUGUCUCCGAAAUGAGUUGCUUAUAGCAGAAGAGAAACGAUGAUCUUUGAUUAGUUUUUUUUUGUCUCGUUAUUGUUGAUCUCUUCUCGUUAAGUGGCACAUCGAUCAAAUCUAGAUUUAACCCCGUCUUUUUUCUUAAAUUUCAAAUCAGAUUUACCUACUCAUUUCACAUUUUGCCCACCAAGUUCCUUUUUUUUCUUUGCCCGUCAAUCACUGGUUUCGCUUCUACUAGCCUUCCGGUACCGCAAACAUUUUUUUUUUUUUUGAUCCGUCAUUGAAUGAUUUUUUUUUUUUUUUUUUUUUUGUGCUUUCCUCUUUCAAAGAGAAAAUAGCGCGCAUUUUUCUUGUGGCUUGUAAAGGGAUAAUUGUCGACCGUUUACCUGUUCUUUUGCGUGGAUGCCAUUUUUCAUUGAGACGGGUUUUGAAUCAGUACAAAAAAACAAAAAACAAACAAACAACAGAAAAUAUUUCAAUAGUAAACAGCAAAUUCACUUUGGAAUAAGGAAAUGUCGAUUUCCUUAUUCGUUUCACAUUCUGUUCGUUUGUUUGAUUUUUACAUUUGCAGCUUCUUUCUUUUUUUUGUUUAUUCGUCGUUUGUGCAUGUGAAACGAAUUACGAUUCGAGACGCUCGGGUGUGAAUGAGAAAAUUAUUAUUAUUUUUUUUUUAUUCGAUUGUUCGAUGAGUUUGCUGACGAUGCCAACAUUUGCUCGCGUAAACAGGGUAGGAGAACUCAUAUUGGUGUGUGUGUGUGUGUCUCCGGAUUCUCGUAUGAUAGAAAUCCCCUCGCUGAAUAACUAAAUCAGAGAGAGAGAGAGAGAGAGAGAGAAAGAAAGAGACUAGUUUAUUUUUUUCUUUAAUUCCGACCAGGCUGUAAAUUACAUUUCGCUAUCGCCCUCUCCAAUCAGUAGCUUCUUUCGAUCGAGAGCAAAAAAAAAAAAAAAAAAAAAAAAAAAGGAAAAGAAAACAAACGAAAUCUUUUUGAGAGUCUCUUCAUUUAACAGAUGACGAUCUCGACCGCAGUUUCUUUUCCUCGUCCUCGCAGCAUUUUUUUUUCCCCCUCUUUCCCCCGUGUUCUUUGUCCAACCAUUUUUUCCACCUGGACACGUAAAUAUCCUGACGUUUGUUGUCUCCUUAUCUUCCCGUUGGUGAAAUUUGCCCCGUUUCGACGAACCGUAAAAAAAAAAAAUCAAACAUUGCGCUACGAAUCAAUUUUUGACAUCCAACAAAAAGUACAACCCAAGGAUGCAUAUUUAUAUAUAUAUAUCUAUUUAUAUUUUGGCAAAUUAAAAAAAAAAAAAAAAAAUGGCAGCCUUUUUUUUUUCUUGAAAGGAAAAAAAAAAAAAAAAAAAAAAAAAAAAAAAUGUACUGCCGUCCAGGCCUCUGUCCGGCUCAAUUAGAAACUGUCUCGGGCCUAUUUUAUACACGGGGGAAAAAAAAAUAUAUAUAUAUAUACACAUCCUGCUACUUCUAGAAAGUACCUUUUUUAAAUAAGAAAAAAAUAAUAAUAAAACUGCAUUUGUUUUUCUCUCAAUCUCCCUCAGCUCCGCUUGCCUCUUGAUUCUGAAGUUGCAUCGACACGUCCAUCAAUAGAUUGGACUCUGUCGUGUCACGAAAGAAGAAGAAUCUAUCAUCUUCUCUCGGUUUUUUUCCGUAAACCGUUUGCGUUUUUUCGUUAUCGAGUGAGCUUCGUCUUCUACGUCUCUAUCUUUACGAGGAAUUUAUUUAAUUCUUUAGUUCGUUCUUGCGAUACUUUUCAAAUUGGAGAACAUAAUAUUUCUUUUUUUCUUUAAUUCAAAAUCAUUCAUUUAACGUGAGUCCCGAAGGAAAUAAACGAGGAAAAAAGUUGGUAGAAGAACAUCAAAUGUCUCUUCAGUGACGCUGACUUUCGACGUCAAUGAUGAUGACCCUAGAGACGUUCUUCUUUGCUAUGGCAGACACAACGACGUAUAUCGAGAAGUUUUCUAGACUUUUCAAUCCCGUUUACUUUUUUUUUUUUUUUCGUUAUCUUUCCUUGCCGAGCAUCCCUCCAAUUUUUCACUCGCCUUCUUUUUCAAAUAUUAGAAUUUUUUUCUGAUCUUUCCUCUUGUUUUUUCUUUCUACCUCUUUCAAAUAUCUCCCCAAGUGGAUGCAGCGGACAGGGCCAUUAGCCUGCCCCAGGAGUUUUCGCUUUUCCAUUCUUGUGGGUUGAUCGAAAAAAAAAUAUGGGAAUGAAACUAUGUCUACCUCAAUAUCGUCGCAUUGAUCCUAUUUAUAAAAAAAAAAAAAGAAACAUUCAAUUUCAUCUUUUCCUCUUUUUUUUUGUUAGCCAAAAGUUUUUGUUUUGUUUUUUUUUCCACAGAGAAGAAAUAAGAAUUAAAGUUUAGUGUCUUUUUUUUUUAUGAUUAGAAGAACAAGCUGUUUCUCUCAUCGUAGGGAGUCUCCCUUUUUCCCUCGAAGCUUCCAGUGGUGGGCAAAAGUAGUUCUAUUUUCUUCUUCUUCCAUAUUCAUUCAUCCGAAUCCAUGUUUUUUUCUCUCUUCAUUUAAAUAAGCAGGAAAAACAAAACAAAACAAAAAAAAAAUAAACCUAACCCAUAUGCUUAAGUACCUCGAACAUAUAUAUAUAUUUUUUUCGGUCUAUAUAUUUCCCUCCUCGUUGGGCAUAAAUUAAUAAGAACGCGUAGUACAAUAAGAUUUUGUGUUUUCUCUCCGUUUCAGUUUGGGUUUUUUUUUUUCGUCUGCGUAAAAAAGAAAUUAUUAUUACCUCGUAAAAAAGAAGUAUCGUCCUAUAUUCGGAAUAGAAAUAGAUUCGAUUAGUUUAGAUGAUUUUUUUUUUUUUUUUUUUAAGAAAACGUUGAUUAUACUACAAUAACCUCGUCUAUGGAAAAAUGAAAUCUGUUUUCGAAUUAUUUAUUCUUGAACCUGCCACUAUCUCCCGAGCGCAAUUUGUGCAUUUAUCGUUCCCAUUAUUUUGAAUAAGAAAACAAAAACGAAAGAGAACCUGCAAUAGGUUUUCCUCUUUUUACAUCUAAUUGUUAAUGUAAUGCAGGUUGUCAUACACCUUACAGAAACAUCUACCUACCCUCAUCCUAUUUUGCUACUAAUUGAUUGCAACGCAUCACAUACGGGUUCUUUUUUUUUACAAUAUAGUAACAGCAAUCAAGACAUGUAAUGUUGUAAAUCGUCAACGCGAAUGGCAUUUGUUGAACGAGUAUUUUUUUUCUCGGCGUAUUAUCGUCUCGUGCUUUUUGUUUUCUCGAUUCAAAUAACCGCAAUUUGAAUCAACGUAUUAACUCCCAUCUGUCUCUCGAUUCAGUUCCGUCAAAAAAAAUUUCCCACAAAUAGUUUGAAUCCGCUUUUUUUUCCUAGAGCUAUAUAUACCUCCACUCAUUUCCAUAUUCAAUUCGAAAAAUAAAUUUCAAAAAAUCAAAGAGCACCACCUCUGCCAUAAGAAUUGAUCAGACCUCUAUCCUUCCAUCGAGCGCGCGCGCAUCCCAUCACUAAAGCAUUACCCCCCGUGUUGUGCAGUGUUUUUUUGUCCCUCUAAUAAAUGGUCUGUGUGUAUUUCUUUCCUUGUGUUGUCCUCGAUUUGUAUCCUCCUUACAUUAAUUUUUCAUCUUCCGAGAAACCUAUCCGGAUACAGAAAAAACAGUAUGCUCCAACUUUGUUUCAUGUUGUAUGUCUUUUUUUUUCACUUUCUCCGCAACCUGUUUAAAAUUUUGAAAAAAAAACAUUAUUUUUUGCUUAGAUAUCGUAGAGGCCCUGUCUGCAAAUCGCAAUCUGUACGUGUAUAACCCAAAAAUCAACCUCUUAUUAAAA